CCUCACUCUCUCUCAUCUCUAUUCAGCUCCCUUUCCUCUCUUCUUCCAUCUCAAUCACUUUUUUGUCUGCUUGCUGAAUGCAACUUGCAUUUCACAUGUCAGAUUCACAAGACACCAAUUCUCUCGUACACAAUACCAUGCAUCUCACACUCGAUACUCCAGGAGAUCCUUCACUUGACUCACAACAUAAGCAAAAUGCGCCCGGCAACCCUCAAUUGAUGCAUCAUCACACCAAUACAGCCCUAGAUAAUCAUGAUCAACAAUUGAGUACCACAGCUCAACAUCCCAGAGAUGCAUGGGCUGACCAGGGCCAUUUUCCGUUGCUAUUAGGCGAAAUCUCUCAGCGUCUGAUACCUGCUAGAGGUGGAAGUCAUAUCAUAUUAACCGGUGUCAACUUUAGAGAGGGUAUAGAAGUUGUCUUUGAGUGUCCACAGCUGGGUGACAGCGUCAAGUCAAAGGUGAUCACUCCUCGGAUCCACAAAAACACAGAGAUGGAAUUUACGUCGCCUAAUCUUCUUGACUGGUUAGCAAUGAACAAGGGCAUACAUCCAUGCAAGGAGUUGAAUCUGUCUGUCUCGUUAAUCUGUGCUGGUGCAAAAGGCGAAGAGGAUAUGGACACUACAUUUGAGAUGACUGCUGUUGAAGAUUCCGAAACUGAGCUGCUGCAUAAUAUCAUUGAACUCCAUCGUCAAUUGAUCCUGACAAACCUUACGAGUACAUUGGACUUGGAGGCAAAUAAAACAUCCAGACAAAAGACGUUGACUUUGCUGAAGUUGGAGCAGCCUCCCAAUGUAACACGGUCAGAGCACUUGGCACUAGGUGUUUUAUACAUGCUCUGCAAUGAACAUGAUCAAAUCUCAACAGAGAGUCUGGACAUUAUACGAAGAGCAACAAAGGAAGGACACGAUAUGUUACAUUUAGCUGUCAUUCAGGGCCAGAGAACAUUAGUAAGAGAGAUUGUUCGACACUUGCUCACAUGGUUUCGAACACAUCCAAUUACCAGCGACAGCGAGCUCUUCGCCAGGAAUAAGAAUGGAGAGUCAGCACUCGAUCUUGCAAAAAUUCUUAGGCAUGAAGCGAUUGAUCAUGUGCUAACAGAAGCUUUGGAAGUAGCUCAGGAGCUGAAGAACACAACUCUGAAGCUACCCCCUCGUCCUCUGCCUAUAGCUCCUGCGGCCGAUCUCUCGGAAUCGACAAUAAGUAGCUCGAGCGGAAGUACAUAUCUGUCACCCGUCCCCUCUGUCCCUACCCAGACUCUGGAUCGUCCUUUACCACCAACUCCAUUGACAUCUCCUUUCCAGGAAUCAGAAACGACUUACUUCCCUCCACUUUUAGCUAACGGUGUCCCCACAGGAUCACAAGAGCGUCUGGCAUCAGUUGACACAUCUGCUUCCGCAGGAUCAACAUCCCCUUCACAACCUCCUCAGAGGGUCCAGACAGCUCAUGCAAUCAUUGAGAACCAUAGCAGUAUAGGACCAGCCCCAACAAUAUAUGAAGACUCCUCGACUUAUAUCAGCGCUGCACAUUAUAGCCACAUUACUGCAGCUCCGCAUUACAAUCACCCAUCCAUUUCAUAUCCUGAUCCGACUCUUCAUUUUCAACCACACCCUGCUGUUUCUGGAGAGUAUUCUUCAUCGCCAAUAUACCCACCUAAUCCACACAACAUCCCCCCACCGCGUGCCAGCACAGUCCCAGCUCCCCAUACGCGACCUCAGGGCCCGCAAGGCGAACGUCCAGCCCAGCCACCAUACAAGACUACUUCGGCUGCACAAUUCAGGCCUCUGCCUGCAACGCCCCAUUCAACAGCUCCCCCACUGCCUCCGCCAAAGCAUAAAAUCACGCGUGUCACUCGCCCAAAACAGUUUACAGUCCCAGCAGUGGGGGAAUCCCCAGCGGAAUCGCCGCCUAUCCCAUCAAUGCCGCAGCCACUACCAGUAUCAAUACCAUACUCAUCUCCACUGAGCCACCAUCAAUCUGCACCGUUGCUUCCGUGGCCAACCCCAAUGCCAACACCUGCUCAACAUACUUUACCGUUACCGCAGCACCUCAUGUCUCCUGUAGAUCAUCAACAGCAUACAUAUCUUCAUCAUCACUCCCAGGUCACUAUACCUCCUUCAAUGCCUGGGCAACAUCAGCAGUAUCCAACCCCUCAGCAGUAUCCGAUGCCUCAGCAGUACUCCGCAUCAAUGCCGUUACCACACCAUCCUGGCACAGUGCCAUCACCAUUACCGGCCUAUCAGCAACCAUAUUCACUCUCUCCAGAUCUACAUCAUCCAUCACCUCACAUUCAUAAACCUAAUAGUCAGAGCAGUGAUGACAAAGUUAAAGUAUAUGUCAGUUAAUAAAGUAAAAGCUGCUUUUGACCUGAUACUCCUCUUAUCUCGUUUAAAAUAAAUAAAAAAAAC